AUGUUAUUCACCAUUAGGGUUAGGUUACAUUCAAUGUCAUUUAAAACAUCAAGAAUCAUUUUAAAACAGUUUUAUUCUCAACAACAUAUAAAAAGGAUAAAGAAUCCUUAUGAAAUAUUAAAUUUAACUGAAUCAGCAACACCAGCAGAAAUAAAAAAGAAAUACAAAGAGUUGGCAAAAGAAUUACAUCCGGAUAAAAAAUCAACUGGAAAUUUAGCAAAAUUUCAAGAGCUAGUAGAAGCUUAUGAGAUAUUAAUUCAUCAUCGUAACACCAGUAAAUUCUAUUAUCAUGCGUCUCCUAAAGAACAUAAUAGACCCCCUACUUCUUCUCAUACAAACACUUAUUACCGAGCAUCAUCUGCUACUACUACGAUUAAUAAUAAUAUAAAAUAUACUAGUAAUGCUACAUUCUUAUCUAUAUUAGCGGGUAUUGUCGUUACUAUUGGAGCUCUUAACCUCUUUUAUUUUCAUUCUUCUCAUGAAGCAUUUAUCAAUGCAGCCAAUCAGCAUCAUAUAAAAACAACUGAAGAUCUGAAAAGGGCUCGUACAGAAGCAAAAUUAUUUGGAAAUGAUAGAGGUGUAAAACGAACAUCAUCAUAA